AAACUUGCCGAUUUAUCAUGAACGAGGUUGCAGAUAAUUUUGCAUGGACUCGCCAGCUCGAGUGUCCACUGACAAUAUACAAUGAAUCGGUGAAGAAAAUAUUGUGCAAAGGAGUACUGGAGCUCCUGUGGGAGGAUAUUUCCAAUUCUGCGUUUCCUAUAGCUGAAGCAUGUAAAAUAAGAAAGAACGUUUUGCUGUGCAAACUGAAGCACGGAUUAACUGAUUCUGCAAUUUCAUCUGUGAGAGAUUUAAAUCAAUUAAAAGUCAAAAAUAAUGCACUGAAACAGCAGAUAUCUACAUUGGAAGAAGGAUACGAAGAACAGGAUUAUACUGUCAGGCAAAAACUGCAACGGUUAAAGGAUAUAAAGAGCGAGUGUUCGCUGAUCAGCAGGAGAAAGGAUUUGCUUAAACUGAAACACAGCGAAACCAGCAAGCAAGUGAAAGAUUGUGAUGACAUGAGACAAGUAUGUCAGCAUUUAAUGCCAAGCACUUCUAAGGACAUAGAUCAACAAAGAUUGGGAGAGAAUUUGGAUAUAAUAGUAGACCUGCGUCGUUCAGCCACAGAUAAGAAACAAAUAUGGACAAAGGUAUCAAACUCUCUUAAUAGUAUUGAUGUACACACACUAUGGACACACUUAUAUCAAAUGCUGUCGGAAGAUUUGAAUACAUUAAUGAAAUUGGAGACCAAGAAUGACUUCGACAAUUUAAAUAUAGUAGGCGAAAGUAUAGAUAUUGGUAUUGCAAGAGCAUCUGGUCAAUAUAUAUGCAUGAUAUCAAAACGCAUAUUGUCUAAUACUAAAGUCAAUAUGUAUCAACAACGUUUAAUGGAGUUUAUAGAUUUAAUAGAGUCGUUAUCCCAUGAAGAUGUGAGCGCGUGGUUAGCUUUAAAAUUGGAGGUGAAAAAAUUAAAAGCCGAACAGGCUUACCUACAAAACGAAGUUCAGAAAUUGAAAAACAUUAUUCAAGAAAAUUCCUUGCUCAAUCUCGAUAUAGGUCGAUUAACGGCCGACAUAGAGACGAUUGACGCACAGAUGGAUAAAUAUAUAAAGGACAUUCAGCAAUCCAUAGCAGUUUUAAACUCUACGCCAACGCUCAUAUUUAAAGGGAAAACCUUACAGGCUGACAAUUACGAUGCCAAUUGUGUGAAUAAUGCAUUGGAUAUCGAACUGGAUAUGUUUUACAAUAUCUUGGAUCUCAACGCUUUACGAAAAGUAAUGUUGAAGGGAGAUGUGGGACUGUACAGACACGCAAUUUGUGGGCUCGACAAAGCCUCCAUCACGACGAUCAACCCGCAAUGUUCGAGGAUCAAGCGUUACUUCCCGACAAUACAAAUGUCGAUAUAUUCUCUCAUAGAAUGCUAUAAAAAUGUAACUGCCAAUAUAAUUUACACGAAGCUACACAAUUCAACUUUAACGGAGGAAAUUGAGUGCACAGAUAAGUUAAUGUCGCCACGAGAAAAAUGUAAUUAUAAUAGUCUGGAAAUGCUGAACCUCGCCAAAGUCGCUUGUGAUCAGACACUCGAAGAGAUCAAACACUUUAACGCAGUCCUAAGUGCUUGGACGAACCAAGACGUACAAGAAGCGAUGGCACUCGACGAAACAACCGUGGACGGCGUAUCUUUUAAGGAUUGGUUGCAACGUUACAAUUUAUUAUUAUACAUGAUACACAAACAUAGCAAAUGAUUCAUAUAUCUAUACUACACUCUUACGCCAUUCAUCUAUAAUAUAUUCUAUAUGAUAUUAUUCAUGUGUCCACAGA